GGGUGGGACAUGGUCUGAUUGGGGAAAGGUGAGCGCGCAGGUACAGAGGAGCUGUGUGACUCUGCUCAUGACGUGUCGGACACCGUUGUUCCUUUAGGGCAGAGAUAUCUACUAUUAGAGCCAGACACGACCCCCGCCACGCGUAAAACACAGAGAAUACGCGUGUUUGGUCAUUUGUCUCAACGAUCGAAAGCUUUGGAGUUUCAGGGUUUUCGUUGCAGCGAGUUUCGGUGGGCCUUGGCCUGGUGAAGACAAAGGGAUUGUUUGUUGUUUGUUAUUUGUUUUACAAUCGUAGAGUUUAUGGAGAUCUCAUCUGUUGUCGUGAUUUGGAUCGUUUCAGGUUUUUGGUCGGCUUCUGCGCAAAGCUGUGGCCGACCACCUGCUGCGGAGAACAGGAUUGUGGGAGGGUCGGCUGCCACAGAAGGGAAAUGGCCGUGGCAGGUGGACAUACAGAAAACAACAGAGGGACACAUCUGUGGAGGCUCCUUAAUUGCUCAAGACUGGGUCCUAUCAGCUGCUCAUUGUUUUCCAAAUCCAUCAGAUUUAAGCUCCCACGUCGUAUAUGUUGGCCGCUACCAGCUCAAUGGCAUUAACAUGCACGAGUCUUUUCAUCAAAUACGUCGGGUUGUGAUUCCUGAUGGUUACACAGAGCCCCACAGUGGGAGGGAUAUGGCUCUACUACAGCUGUCCACCCCGGUCACCUGGUCAGAUUAUGUCCACCCUGUGUGCCUACCCACCUCUGGGACGCUCUUCCCCAGUGGCAUGACGUGCUAUGUGACUGGCUGGGGCAACAUCCGAGACGAUGUCCCUCUUCCAGGAGUAGGUACUCUGCAGGAGGUUAAAGUACCAAUCCUGUCCCAGAGUUCAUGUCAGGAAAUGUACAACCUAAACCAAAAGGAGCAGAUCGACAUACUGUAUGACAUGAUCUGUGCUGGAUAUCAGGAGGGGGGCAAGGACUCCUGUCAGGGCGACUCAGGGGGACCUCUGGUGUGCCAGAUGGUGAAUGGGACAUGGGUGCAGGCAGGUGUGGUGAGCUUUGGACUGGGCUGUGCUCAUGCAAACCAACCAGGAGUGUAUUCCAGACUGACCAGCUACAGCAGCUUCAUCCUCAGGACCGUGCCCGAGGUGCAGCUGUACGGCCGAGGUAAUCACAUGGGUGGAAGCACGUUGGUCUUGUUAGGCUGCCUCACCACCCUCCUGACCCUCCUGACCAUCCUUUCCAGAUAAGACUCAGAACUCAGACUUUUCUUAGACCGGUUAAUGAAGGUGAAACUCCACAAGGACUUAAAGAUUUUAGUCCACUUUUUGUUAAUCAGAGCACAAAGCCAUAAUGAACACUAACUGUAUUAUAAUCACUAGAUGUUUGUAAUAAUCUAACAUGUAAGUUGAUGUAUGCUUUAUAAAAUGAGUAAAAUUAAUAAAUUGUGUAUUUUGUAAAAAAAAAAAAAUCUUAAUUGCUAGACGUUUUAUAAUUUUAUAUUAAAGAAAAUAUUUCAUUCAUUCAUUUAUGAUUUCUGUAAUUGUAUUAUUUGAACAUGAAUUAUGUGGUUAUCCAUUUCAUGUAAUAUCUUGUCUCGCCAUAUUUCAGAAAAAGUCCCUUG